GUGACAUCUUCGUCAUUGGCUCUGUAUUAAUAUAAUAUCAGAUGACAUUGGUAUAAAAGAAUAUUAUGUACCUGAGAUGCUUCAAUAUUCAUCAUCUUUUCAAGACAAAUGGAAGAUGCCAUAGAGAGCAGAUAUAAACCCUCAUUAUAUACACUUAAUGUAGAAUUACUGUGGAAUAUUGGCUCUGAACAGAAAUUUUAUACAAAAUGCUCUCCAAUUCACAGACUGGAAUUUGUGUUAUAAUGAUUUGAUAUCGAAAUUAAAGCUGAUUUACAAAGGAAUUUGCAGCAUCUUCAAAUAUUGACAAAAAUCACAGUUGAUAGAAAUAUAGCCGAAGAAAUAGGAAUAAAAUAUAUAAAUAAAGGGAAGAAGAACUUUUAUAUUUAUUGUGGUGAGAGAGAAACAAGAAUGGAAGACGAAUUGUGUGAGAAAAAGAUUAAAUGUGAAGCAGAGUCUGAAAUUAUUGAUUUCCCCGAGGAUAUACAGAAAGAGAAAGGAAAGACAUUCUAUCAGUGUGAUAUCUGUAAUAAAUCAUUGUCUCAAAAGUGUGGCUUAACUCACAAACACAUUCAUACAAGAGGGAAACUGUAUAAUUCUGACAUCUCUGAUAAAUCACUCUCUCAUAAAAGCAGCCUCAUUAGUCACAAACACAUUCAUACAAAGGAUAAACCAUAUCACUGUGAUAUCUGUGGUAAAUCAUUCUCUGAAAAUGGUAACCUAACUAAACACAAACGUAUUCAUACAGGAGAAAAACCCUAUCACUGUGAUAUCUGUGGGAAAUCAUUUUCAGACAGUUCUAGUUUAUCCAGACACAAACAUAUUCAUACACGUGAGAGGCCAUAUCAUUGUGAUAUCUGUGGUAAAUCAUUCCCUGCACCAAGAAUCUUAACUAUUCACAAACGUGUUCAUACAGGAGAGAAACCAUAUCACUGUGAUAUCUGUAGUAAAUCAUUCCCUUCACCAAGUAUCUUAGUUAAACACAAACGUGUUCACACAGGAGAGAAACCUUACGAGUGCGAUAUCUGUGGUAAAUCAUUUUCUGUGAAGCAUCACUUAAUGAUUCAUGUACGUAUUCAUACAGGGUAUAAACCACAUCGCUGUGAUGUCUGUGGAAAAUUCUUCUCCCAAAACAGUCAUUUAACUGCUCACAAACGUAUUCAUACAGGAGAGAAACCAUUUCAAUGUGACAUCUGCAGUAAAUCAUUCCUUGAAAGUAGUGAAUUAAUUCGUCAUAAACGUACUCAUACAGGAGAGAAGCCGUAUCUCUGUGAUAUCUGUGGAAAAUCAUUCUCUCAAAAAGGUUACUUAAAUAAACACAUGCGUAUUCAUACACCACAGUAACGAGCUCAUUAUCAGAAUUGAGUUUAUGAUAAAUGCAGUGCAUGAUGUAGAAUAUUUUUUCAUGAUGAUCAAAUGAAUUUUUCUCACUUUUUCAAUUUCUUCAAUGAAUAAUUUUCUGAAUAUUUCCUAAUAUUCAGAAAACUUACUGGAGAAACAAACAAGAAAAGACAAAUUUACUCAUCAAAAAUUGAAAACAACAUAUUUACUGCAUUGUGUUUUUGAAAACUAUCAAGAUUCAUCGAAUGAAAAAUUGUGCAUGAUAAAACUAUAAAUAUGUAUUCAUGUCUCCAAGAAGAUAUCACAUUAUAUUUUGUAUAGUUACAUAAAUAUCUUUUUUGUGUAAGGUAACUUUCCUCUGUGAUACGUUUAAUAAAGCUUUGUAAAUAUUCUUAAUUACUUGAAAUUGAAAUAAAUGUGGUUUUGCUCUUCAA